UGCUGGGCGUAUGUGUACAUCGAGCAAUCGAAAAUCGAGAGGAGGAGCGAUGAUGUCAUACGGAUUCCAUACACUGUUAACGCGUGAGGCGUACAGCACAACACCCCCAAUAUCGAAUCUCACACACGACUUACAGCCACCCCAGGUUGUCAAGAGAAGCAGGACCUCUGAGCGCAAGACCCAACAAUGGUGGCGACUGUGCCUGGUGCACUGGUACUCGCUGGCGCUGCGCUGCUGCUUCAUAUUGGACAAGGGGCGCACGGGCUUGCACCUGGUGAAUCACACCCAAGCGACACCACAGAGGCUGAAGUGUGUGGAGUCGCGGUGGACUACAUUGACACAGGCACCGCGCAAUACAACGACCUUGUCGUCUACGAAACAUCAGGAAACGUGGCGUUUCAGGAUGAGACGUUCAAGCGCAUGACCGACUACAUGGCACAGCUGCUGCUCAGCCUUGAUGUUGUGAGCACGGAAACAAUUGUUGUCGUUGACGGAUUCACGCCACGGCCAGAAGUGGCGGUGCGCGCGCCAAACCUGCUGGACGUGGGCCGCGCACUUCGACUUCGGUAUCAAGCGGACGGGUCAGCAGCAACGGCGUCCCGCCUUGCCACAUUGGCACAGGCGUGUGUCGACGCUGGCUUUGACUUUGUGUCCGUUCCAAAUGACAUUGGCUCAGACAAUUACGUGCACGUCAGCGUUCCGAAAAUGACGUGUGGCAACGCCGCAGCAGACCUCCUCUUCAUCCUCGACGGGUCAGGUUCUGUUGGUUCCUCCAACUUCCAGACUAUGCUCUCCUUCACUCGCACGGUUGCGACGUUCUUCGACGUGUCGGCGGACACGACACGCAUUGCCGUGAUGGUGUACGCGUCCUACAACUACCUCAUAUUCGACUUCAACUACAUCCUCACGCACACCAAAGACGAGCUGCUCGACGCCAUCAGCGCAAUCAACUAUCCGUAUGGCGGUACGAGGACUGGUGGUGCCCUCGACUACGCGCGUACCGUCAUGUUCACCGCUGAUAGAGGCGUCCGCCCCAGCAGCGAGGGUAUCCCGCGUGUUGCCAUGGUCAUCACAGACGGCGCAUCUGCCGAUGACGUGGCCGCCCCUGCACAGCAGCUCCGUGACGAAGGAGUGACGCUCUACGCCAUUGGCAUUGCCGGUGCCAACGAGAACGAGUUGAACGAAAUCGCCAGCCCGCCCAUCACCAGCAACGUCGUCUUCAUCUCCACCUUCAGCGAAUUCGGAACGCUGGCUGCAGCCAUUUCCCGCGCAAACUGCGACCGCGCCGCCACCGUCUCUGCGACACAAGACAUAAUGGUGAACGAGACUGCCCCGGGCGAGAUCCGCUAUUUCCAACCAAACCUGCAGGACCUGACUGACGAUGUCCUCAUCUACAUCGAGCAGCUCUCCGGCGAUACCGAUUUGUAUGUGUCGGGUAAUGACAGUCCUGGCCCUUUCAACAACGACGCCUCUGUGGAGGGGGACGCCCCCGUAAAGGCCGUGCUUGUGAACAACACGGAUUCGUCGGACCUGGUGUACAUUGGUGUGCGCAGCCGCUCCGACAACCCAAACGACACCGUCUCCUACCGAGUCGUCGUCACCAACUCGCUGUUCGUUGGGGAUGCCACAUACACUGUAUCGCUCUCUGCACGCGAUAACGUCGUCGGCAAGGGCGUGUUCCGCAUGCCCGCGCUUCGUGACUUUGGCCUCGGCCUGGAGCGGCACGAUUUCGACUACACGCUCGGCGGACCGGACAGCGAGUACUUCUACCUCACCAACAGCGGGGUCGACAUUCUGUUGCAGCGGGAACUGCAGUUUGGCGUGGCUUACUCCGUCAUCGUGCGUGGCACGCUGGAGGACCCAGUCCAGCUCACCGGCAGCGUGAUUGUCACCUUCAUCUUCGAUUCGACCACUACUACCACAACAACAACCACCACGACGACCACGACCACAACCACGACAACCGUAUUCGCUGGGUACCGGUACGAGGCAGUGGCCGACUCCCCUGCAACGUGGUUUGAGGCAACAAGUGCAUGCGCGUCACGAGGCGGCUUCCUUGCCAUCGUUCAAUCACAUGUUGUCAGCGACCACGUGGCGAAGCUGGCGCGCAACGCGACGCGUGCUGUGGGUGGCAGUGAAGAUACAGAACUGCACACGCAGGCGUGGAUCGAGACAUACCUGCCUGCCAGUCUUGCAGGCGACGGUGGUGUAGCCAACCCGUCCGAGACGUUGGCGUUUGGACCGUGGACGCCAACGACAGCCCGCAGCGAGUGUCGCUUCAACUGCCCCGCGCUCAUGUUUCGGAGCAGACAGUCCAGGGCCAUGGCAGUGCCAAAGGACAUCCAGUGUGAACUCAAGCGCCCCUUCAUCUGCCAGAUCCCCGUCUACUUGCAUUGAUGUGGGUGAAGAGGGGGGUUGUACGAUUGUGUUGGGUGGUUGUUAGUGGUGCUUUGUUGUUGUUGUUGUUGUUGCAGUGCUGCUGCAAGCGUGCGUGGCUGCAGCCAUCGCUUUGUCUUGUUGUAUUUCAUCGAUGCUUCAGUUGAUUCGCAAUGCUUGCGUUAUUAGUGCAUGAAUCUGGGGGAAGGGGGAUUGAGAAGGGGGGGGGGCAUUUGUACAUUGGUAUCAAGAUUACAAUGGGGGCGAGA